CUUCAGAAAAAAAUCAAAAACCCUCGCUGUUGUGUGUGACACACUGCCUCACUCUUCCUUCUUCUUCUCCCCCUUUUCAAAACCCUAAAAAAUGGAAGACGAAGACCAGCAGAAAGUCGCAGAUCUGGUCAAGGAGCUCGUCAUCCGCCUCGUUGCCCAAAACCCCACCUCCCCUCAUCUCCAAACCUCCGUCCGCUACGCGAUUCGCAUACUCUCCAGCCGUCUCACCCCCUCCGUCGCCCCCGACGCCGCCGCCAUCGCCGAGUCCACCAAGCGCCGCCUCGCCACCCAAGGUAAGUCCUCCCUCGCCCUCACCUUCGCCGACCUCUAUACCAAAUUCGCAUCCAAAACCGUCCCCGGAAGCGUCAAUAACAAGUGGGCUGUGCUUUAUGUGCUUAAGAUUAUAUCAGAGGAUCGCAAGAAUGUUAACUCACAGCUCGAUUCGUCGAUUUUGCUGCCCAAUUUGGGUUUAAACGACUCCGAAUCGGGCGAAGACUCGAGGGUUUUGGGGGUUAGAGGGAAGGGCUGGGGCAAUGGGGUUUUGUUGGUUUCUAAGGACCCGGAGAAUCUUAGGGACAUUGCUUUUCGAGAGUUUGCGAAUUUGGUUAGGGAGGAAAAUGAGGUUUCGGAGGAGGUUUUGGUGAGAGAUGUGUUGUAUGCUUGUCAGGGGAUUGAUGGCAAGUAUGUCAAGUUUGAUGGUAAUGCAGAUGGUUAUCUUUUGUCCGAUUUGGUUAAGGUUCCGAGAGGGACUAGGAUUAUGGUUCGGAAGCUUUGUGAGCUGGGCUGGCUGUUUAGGAAGGUUAAGGGGUUCAUUUCGGAGAGUAUGGAUGGGUUUCCGAGUGAAGAUGUUGGGACCAUUGGGCAGGCGUUUUGUGCUGCAUUGCAGGAUGAGCUGUCGGAUUAUUACAAGUUGUUGGCAGUGCUUGAAGCGCAGGCAAUGAAUCCGAUUCCUUUGGUUUCGGAGACGGUGAGCUCGGGUAAUUAUCUUUCGUUGAGGAGGCUGUCUGUUUGGUUUGCGGAGCCGAUGGUGAAGAUGAGGCUGAUGGCUGUUUUGGUUGAUAAAUGUAGGAUUUUGAGGGGUGGGGCAAUGGCUGGGGCUAUUCAUAUGCAUGCUCAGCAUGGUGACCCACUAGUGCAUGAGUUCAUGGGGCGGUUACUCCGUCGGGUGUGUUCACCGCUUUUUGAGAUGGUCAGGAGUUGGGUUUUGGAAGGGGAGUUGGAAGACGUUUUUGCUGAGUUCUUUAUCGUGGGUCAGCCGGUGAAAGCUGAAUCUCUUUGGAGGGAAGGUUAUAUGCUCCAUGCUGGGAUGCUUCCUUCUUUUAUCUCACAGUCUCUUGCUCAACGCAUUCUGAGGACUGGAAAGUCAAUAAAUUUCCUUCGGGUCUGCUGUGAGGAUCUUGGUUGGGCUGAUGCUGCAACUGAAGCUGCAGCUGCUGCUGGCACUACGACAAGAAGAUGGGGUCUUGGAUAUGGUGAAACUGAUGCACUUGAGUCUUUGGUUGAUGGGGCAGCGAAAAGAGUUGAUAAGCAUUUGUUGGAUGUUAUAUACAACCAGUAUAAGUUCAAGGAGCACUGUCUUGCAAUAAAGCGUUAUUUACUGCUUGGACAGGGUGAUUUUGUUCAGUACCUAAUGGAUAUUGUUGGGCCAGAGCUUUCUGAGCCUGCCAACACAAUAAGCUCUUUUCAGCUAGCUGGGUUACUGGAAACUGCAAUUCGAUCAUCGAAUGCUCAAUAUGAUGAUCGUGACAUAUUGGAUAGAUUGAAGGUGAAGAUGAUGCCACAUGAAACUGGAGAUAGGGGUUGGGAUGUAUUCUCAUUGGAAUAUGAUGCAAGGGUUCCUUUAGAUACUGUUUUUACAGAGUCAGUGAUGACAAAGUAUUUAAAAAUAUUUAAUUUCUUGUGGAAGCUUCGAAGAGUAGAACAUGCUCUUAUUGGUGCUUGGAAGACUAUGAAACCAAAUUGUAUCACUUCCCGUUCCUUCAUGAAGCUACAGAAAUCAGUUAAGCUGCCGUUGCUUUCAACUCUGAGACGAUGCCAGGUUCUUUGGGAUGAGAUGAAUCAUUUUGUUUCAAACUUUCAAUACUAUAUUAUGUUUGAAGUCUUGGAGGUGUCAUGGUCUAACUUUUUGAAUGAAAUGGAGGUGGCCAAGGACCUUGAUGAUCUACUUGCUGCCCAUGAAAAGUAUCUCCAUUCGAUUGUGGAAAAAUCCCUCCUUGGAGAACGUUCCCAGACCCUUUACAACUCACUCUUUGCCUUGUUGGAUCUUAUUUUGAAAUUUCGAAGCCAUGCUGAUAGAUUGUCUGAAGGAAUCAAUGAGUUGCAAGCAAGAACCAUUGAAUCAUCUGUACCCUCUCGAGACAAGAGUAAAACCCAGAAGCGAUUAAACAAUAGAUCCUCAGAGCCUGGGUCCUGGAUUAAUGAUGGCAGGAAGGCGCUCACACAACGUGCUGGUGAAUUUCUUCGGAAUAUGGGGCGGGAUCUAGAUGCCGUAGCAAAAGAAUAUUCCUCAUUGCUUGAGGAUUUUAUUUCCAAGUUGCCCGUGCAGCAACAUGUUGAUUUGAAGUUCCUCCUGUUUCGGCUUGACUUCACCGAAUUUUAUAGCCAGUUGCAUCCUAGUACGUAGAAAGCUGUACAGGUUGAAGCAAAUGUAUCUGCAAUUCAUGGCACGAUCAAACCAUUUUCAGUUCAUUAGGAUUGCUGACUCAUAUGGUGAAACAAUCAUGCUGUAGCUGGCUGACAGGACCAACCGAUUUACUUUAUAUUGCUUGAGUUUUAGAUGGGUUUUCUUCUUUCUAAUGGCCACUAGUGGAAAUUUAUGGUUUGACUUGAAGAUUUAUUUCAUCAAUAGAUCAGGGUGUGAGAUGUGAUAGUACGCGUAUCAGCUGAUAUUUUAGGGAUUUUUUUGGUGAGUUCUUUCAGCUUUGUGAGCUGUCGUUCACUCAUAGUUUGUAUAUCUGUAUCAUAUUUCUGAAUUAGAUGAAUGAUAGUGAAUGAGUGAUAUUGCUAUUUAGUUGGUUUUUAUUCUAUGUUAACAUUGAUAUUUAACUAUUUGAGUCUUCAAGCAUUCAUCUAUUGUCCAACGGUUUUGCUUUUUAUUGUGAUUUCACCAUUUAGACUUUAGACAAUAUGAUUAAAGAGCAUAUGUAUAGUUACAUAUGCACUUUGUAUUUCUUUGUUGAACCUCAUGAUAGCUGCAUGAGUGCAUAUAAUAUUAUUGUGUUGUAGCCGGGUGUUAUAUAGUUGAUAUUCAUGUUUUUUUAAAGUUGAUACUUGUAUUACACAGAUGAUACAAUUUGUAUAUGGUUGGUGUUUUAUAUAUAGCUCAUUCAAAUAUAUUUAGAAGAUUUACAGACAGUGAAGUAGUGCAUCACUAAAAUCUCCGGGUGUUGGUCUUAAUGAGGUUAGACUCUCAAGUCUUUUAUGUGGAAUUCAUUUCCAUUUUAACCCUCUUGAUUGGCUUGGUCUUCCCUUGGUGUUCUUUUUCUUCUUUUGAUUAUUGGGCAUUAUUUAUGGUUGGCUAGCUACGAGCACAAGUGACUUCUUUUGGUUGUAUUAAUCUCAGAACUAAGAGCAUUACAUUUGACUUUGACUUUGAUUUGUUAAUGUGACAUUAAAGGUAAUUUGCAGUUUUAAAUCUGAUACAAGUACAGUUUCUUCUAACCCGAAGUAAGAGGUUGUGUAAAGAAAUGAAUUAUGAUCUUAUCUCUUGCACUAUGGUGGAUGUCCUCUGGACAACUCAUGUCCAUUCCAGAUGUUCUGAUAUUGGCAGUUCUGCUAUUUGGACAAUGAAAGUGCCAGAGCAGAUUGAGUAUAUUUUUUUGUCUUCAAAUUUUUAUAUCUAUGAAUUCUCUCUGUACUUGAAAAUUCCCAGUCCAUUA